UACACGGGAUGUUGGAUUGUUUCACUUCCGGUAUACGGGUCUUCCAUCAUAUGUUUGUGUGCCGUAAAAACUGUUGGUUGUCAAAGUUAAGAUAAUAGUCAAAGUCGGAAGAUAUUUUUUCAUUCGUUGUGUUUCCUGAUUCCUAACAAUCGCAAUAAUAUUCGCCCCGUAUUUAGCCAGGGAUUAUCAAGGCUCCACGAGUGUAUCCUUAAGUCGUACUUUCCCAACGCACAACUUCCAGUUAACCUUUACAACGUUGACGUGGUUUUUUUUAUCGUCAAAACUGACGUCUGACUCCUCUCCGAAAAUAGGUUAUCACGUUAUAUGUAUACAUGUAAUUAAUUAUAUGGCGGUAAUGUGGCUCGCAAAAAACAACUGAGCCUAAUGUGAAAAAUAAUUAAUACUUAUUCGUGAAUAUAAGUGUGAAAACAGUGAAGUUCUCCUUAACAGUAGUUCCGAUCAACCCAGCCUAGUUUACAUAUAUAUGGUAAUAAUGAAUAGAAAGCCAAACACUGCUACUGCUAGAUUAAAGCAAGACUAUUUGAGACUGAAAAAGGACCCGGUGCCGUACGUCGUCGCUGAACCCGUUCCUUCAAAUAUCUUAGAAUGGCAUUAUGUCGUCAACGGUCCGGAAAGUACACCUUACGAGGGUGGAUUUUAUCACGGAAAGCUCGUAUUUCCAAGGGAGUUUCCUUUCAAACCACCUAGUAUAUACAUGACCACACCAAACGGCAGAUUCAAAGUAAAUACACGGCUUUGUCUAUCCAUAUCUGACUUUCAUCCAGACACAUGGAACCCGGCGUGGAGUGUUUCCACCAUUCUUACCGGCCUCCUUAGCUUCAUGAUUGAAAAGAGCCCAACUUUGGGCAGCAUAGAGACACCAGACUAUGAAAAAAGACUGUUGGCAUCGCAGAGCCUUGAGUACAACCUCAAGGAUAGUAUAUUUUGCGAAUUAUUCCCAGACACAGUAUCGGCUAUAAAAGCAGAGUUGGAGCGCCGCAAAGAACUGGAAAAGCAGGCAAGGCAUCAGUCGACAGCAUCUGAAGUAUCUUCGUUAAUUAGAGAUCAGUUUCAGAGAGAACAGAGUCCGCUUCAUAGUGCCCUCACUAACCUUAUUGUUAUCAUAGGUUUCGCCGCUUUUGCCUAUACUGUGAAGUAUGUUUUGAGAAGCAUCGCUACCGAGUAAAUUAAUUCUAGUUAUAUCAUAGACAUAUAAUGUUCUAUUCUACUGAAAACCUAAGAAUGGUGUUCGUAUAUCUGUUAUACAAACACACUAGGAGCUUCGAAAGAUCUGAUAUCUAGCGACUGGUCGAGCAGACGUAGAUGAUAGUUCUUUUGUCCUGAACACGGAUUUGGAUGAAACAAUGAUCAUGUUUUGAUACUGAGAUUGACUAUUUUGUCUAAUCUAACCAAGUUCAUAAUCAAAUUGUUGAGUGAAUUACUCGCAUUCUCCACUCAAACACAUGCAUUUCCAUUUUUCCUCUAUAUAUUUUCUUUUGAACAAUUGUGUGAUUCAAUGUUCAUGUGUUAUUUAGUGUUUGUAUUAUAAUUAUCGUUGAAUAUGCAGAUUCUAAAUUGCAAAACAGUAGUAAUAUGAUAAAAUAUAUUUCUAAAAAUUUAUAGAAUUCCUUUUACCUUGUUAUUGAUUUUAAUUAAGUACAAUAUUACCCACGAAUUCGAGCAAAUUUUUGUAUUUAUUUCACGUUUUCCAUUCAUGAAAUAGGAUGCUUGAAGAACUUUUGCAUUUCUUCAACUAUGGAAAAGUAAUUACACAACCAAGUCUGGAAUUAAGCGUGUAUGUUGCUCGACCAAUUAGCCAUUUAAUUCAAUCAUCAUCUGCAUGUCGAUAUGUAUUAUAUGUAUAAUCCCCGAUCGAUGCAGGCAGUUUAUGUUAUCGAAUUAAACAAAAUGCCGCUUUCACUAAUAUUUCAAACAUACGUUUUAUUUGCAAGCAUAAACAUCUUUACUAGAAAACAGGCACGUUUCUGCCUCGUAUCUCAUCCCUAUCAAAUACGAACUCAGUAUGAAUUCAAUUAGUUUCUGUGAUUGAAAUUAACUUGACGUUAAUUUUUAU